UUUAAAUAAAUAUUGUUCUUUUUUGUUCGUUUCAAAAAGUUAGUCAGAUAUAUUUGGCUUUACAAGACAUUAUUAACUAAAAUAAAAAAAUAAAACGAUUGUGUUUAAAAAUGGAAAUCGCGGCAACCUAAGCACUGUCUUCAUAAUCUGAAACAGGCACCCACACUCAUAUACCAAAACAUUGUUCGUAUAACAAUAAUUUGUUUAGUAAAUUUUUCUUCUAAUGAAAUAUUUUAUGAAUAAUAAAAGAGGACAAAAAACUAUAAUUGUUUUACGUAACAUAAUUUAUUAAUACACAAAUAUUAUAUGAAUUGUGUGCAAAGAUAUUUGUGUAAAAUAAAGGGGCAAAUUGCGUCACCAUAACUAAAAUUGCACCAAUAAGACAAAGGAACGGAGAUUUUUGCAGCCCCGGUUAACAAGUGCACUGUUGCUGUUGUGUAGCAUAUCUUGUUCACAAUGACUUCUGGUGUUGGUGGUGUUAAUAGCGGUGCUGGAACAUUGGAAGGUACUCUCAGUAAAUGGACCAAUGUUAUGAAGGGCUGGCAAUAUCGUUUUUUUGUUCUGGAUGAAAAUGCUGGCCUGUUAUCAUAUUAUACAUCUAAAGAGAAAAUGAUGAAAGGUGUACGACGCGGUUGUGUACGUUUAAAAGAUGCGGUCAUUGGUAUAGAUGAUCAAGAGGAUAAUACAUUUACCAUUACCGUAGAUCAUAAAACGUUUCAUUUUCAGGCUCAACACAGCGAAGAACGUGAAAAAUGGGUUAGACGAUUAGAGGAUACUAUACGACGUCAUGCUAAUCGUUCGCGAAUGUGGGAGAGUCAAAGCACUUUCUAUUUGGGUGGCUAUCAUAAAGACUCUAGUAAUAAACGUGCCAAUUAUUUGGAAAUAUUAGGUAGACGUGUUUCCGAAGCGGACGCAUAUUUGCAAUUAAUGAUUGAGCAAACAAAUAUAAUUGAGAAACGCAUUGCCGCCAUAACGGAUCCUAAUGAAAAACAAAAAUGUAAAGCUUUACAAGACAAUGCUAGUGCCAUGUUGGAUCACAUCAAACAUUCAAUAGUAAGCCUACAAAUUGCUAAAAAUAUGGCAAAUCCUAUUAACGGCAUUUAUAAUGGUCCCGUUGUCGGCACCUCAACAAAAUUGCUAACAGAAAGCGGUACAUCCGAAUCGUCGAUAGCGAUAGAUCCGAUCGAUGCAAGUGUGGACAGUAUUGCGAUUUUGAAAGCUCCCGCAAUGAUGCGUGACGACGAUAGCUCUACGACAGAGAAUGUAACAACAGCUAUGGUUGUGCCAGAAACUUCUUAUUCAAGUAGUGAAGGUGAGGAUGAUUAUUACGAUGCUAAUGAUGAUCCAUUUACCAGUUUAGGCAGUUCACCGGUAACAUGUGCAACGCGUGCUUUCUCUGCAGAAACGACAGCAGCGCAUGAUAAGACCGCAGGAGAUCCAAAUGAACCAAACAUUGCGACAAGUUCGGAUAAUGAAGCUCUAGUCACAACUGGUAAGACGACAACGACGACAGCAACACCAACGUCAACGUCAACGCCUACGGCAACAGAUGCGGAUGAUUAUCAAACGGCUUCAUGUGCAGUUAGUGAAACGGGUGGUUGUGGCAGUACAGCUGGCUGUGGUGGGAACAGUCAAGAGUCUGCAAAUGUAAAUAUCCUGCAAGGAGAUUUAAUCGACUACGAUGCCUUGUACGAGGAAGAAGAGGACACGACGCUAAGUAUGGAAGCGCACGGUUCAAUGUUGUCACAUCUAUUGUCACAGGUUAAGAUUGGCAUGGAUUUAACUAAAGUGGUGCUACCGACAUUUAUACUCGAGAGACGUUCACUGUUGGAAAUGUAUGCCGAUUAUUUUGCUCAUCCCGAUCUAUUUUUAAAAAUUGCCGAUCUAGAUAAUCCUAAAGAUCGUAUUGUUCAGGUAUGUCGUUGGUAUUUAAGCGCUUAUCAUGCGGGUCGUAAAAGCGCAGUUGCCAAAAAACCUUAUAAUCCUGUAUUAGGAGAAAUUUUUCAAUGCUAUUGGGAUAUACCAGGUGAAAUAGCUGACGAGGUAACGGUUAAAGAUGGUCCUGUACCGUGGUGUAGAAGAGACCAAUUAACUUUUUUAGCGGAACAGGUUUCCCAUCAUCCGCCCAUUUCUGCGUUCUAUGCUGAGCAUUAUAAUAAGAAGAUUACUUUUUCGGCACAUGUUUGGACGAAAUCGAAAUUUCUCGGUCUCUCAGUGGGUGUGCAUAACAUUGGCGAAGGUGUUGUAACCUUGGUCGAUAAAGGCGAAGAGUAUAUUGUUACUUUUCCGAAUGGUUAUGGACGAUCCAUACUGACAAUACCUUGGAUAGAAUUGGGUGGUUCAGUGGAAAUCAAGUGUCCUCAGACGGGCUAUUAUGCUCACGUGGAAUUUUUAACCAAACCGUUUUACGGUGGAAAACGAAAUAAAGUAACCGCUGAGAUUUAUUCACCCAACGAAAAGAAGCCUUUUGUAUCUAUUGCCGGCGAGUGGAGUGGUCUAAUGGAGGCGAAAUGGCACGAUAAAAAUAAAACUGAAGUAUUCGUUGAUGUAAAUCGUAUACCAAUAUUUAAGAAACAAGUUCGACCAAUCGUUGAACAAGAAGAUUACGAAUCCAGACGUGUGUGGAAGGAGGUGACAGCUGGACUCAAAUACAAUGACAUUGAAAAGGCAACAAAUGCCAAGUGUCAGGUGGAACAAGUACAGCGUGAACAAGCAAAGUUCAGAAAGGAAGGUGAAUUGUUGUGGGAGCAAAAGUAUUUUAAACCAGUGGGUGAUAAUUGGAUCUAUACGCGUCCUUUGAGUCAACGUAUUUAUUUGCAAGAAAAAGAAGGCAAAAGAUAAUAAAGAAAGUCUUCGGCAACAACAUCCGCUUCCUCUUCUAUGUAGAAAGUCAAAUAAACCGAAAAAAAAGUUCGGUAAUUUCCGGCUUCCCUUUUCUCUUCAUAUCAGAGGUAAUAAAACACCAAAACAACAACAGCAACAAUAGAAACAAAAAAAGAGGAGAAAUGUUAGAAAAAAAAAAAACAAUGUCGUAGUAAGCAAUCUCCUGUAAAUCAU